GGACUGGGAGGGGAGUCCAGCAGGGGCUGUUGUUAAUUUAUUGUGCUGGGAGGGAUACUUGUACUGCUGGGGGGGGAAUCUAACUUGGGCGAGUCACUGCUGAUGCCGCCGGGAGGGAAAUCGUGAAGGAGGCGGAGAGAGGGGCGAAACCCGGAAGCUACAAAACUGUUCAGCCGUAUGCACAUUUUUGGAUUAUUUCCUUCCUCGGUGAGAGUACAAUUGUUAUUGUUACUCUUCUUUCUGUUCAGACCCUCUAUUCUUCUGGUCUUGCAUUCAAACCAUUGCCAGCAAUUGGUCCCUAGCAACCAGGCAACCCUUGGCUUCAUUGUCUCCUAUUUGCUGUCCCGUGGGACCCCUGACCAAUCCCGCUAGCUCCCUGUGCUUUUUCCCCCAGUAGUGAGGGUGGGACCUCUUUCUCUCUGUGCACAUUUGGAACCAACUCUUUCUCUCUCUCUCUCUCUCUGCUCAUGGAUACACACAAGCUAAUCGGUUUCUCUUCCACUGUCUUAUAUUGAACUGAUUUUUUUACCUUCCUAUAAUCCAUGGAUUAGCACACACACACACAAAAUCUGAUAGCAAUACAUGUUCUGUUAUUCCACAUGCACUUAUAGCAUGUGAUGUACCACAUGACUUCCAUGCAUAAACAGUAAUAACAUAUAUAAUAUAUGCUGGAUACACACUAUGAUAGAACUCCACAGCAGAAUGUACUCUGCAGACCUCUUCCUGUCAGUACAAUCCUGAGUCUACUUGUAGUCCUGUAGCCAUCUCGCAGUGCCAAAUCAUUCUCCAUUUUUUGGUGCCAUUCCAUUUGCCUCCUCUAUCCUUCAAAAUGUCCCCCACGGUGUCGCCACCUCUCUUCCUAUGGCUGGAGGAGAUGGGCCUUCUGAUGUUCUUGAGGGCACGACGUAUAUUCCUGCAAGCUGCAAUUCUGCUCUGUGUCCUUCUCCUGCUACUCUGGGUCUCUGUCUUCUUGUACGGAAGCUUCUACUACUCCUACAUGCCCACCGUAAAGUACUCCAGCCCUGUUCACUAUCAAUACAGCUCCACCUGUGAACCCCCACCUGGGAUCCUCUGUUCAUUCCCCAUGGCCAAUGUGUCCCUACUGAGAAAUAAUCGGGAUCGGGUGCUUAUGCAUGGGCAGCCUUACCGUAUAUCACUGGAGCUCCAGUUGCCAGAAUCUAUAGUAAAUCAAGACUUGGGGAUGUUCAUGGUGACUAUGUCAUGUUAUACACGGGGUGGAAGGCAGAUCUCUUACACUGCUCGAUCAGCCAUGCUUCAUUACAAGUCACCACUUCUGCGCACAAUGGAGACCAUGGCCUCCUCCCCAUUGCUGCUAUUGGGCCUUUCUGACCAAAAGCAAAUUCUGGAGGUGGAGCUAUAUUCUGAGUACCGUGAGGAUUCGUAUGUCCCCACUGUGGGUGCAGUGAUACAGAUACAGAGUGUCAGGAUACAGAUAUACUCGGCUGAGCUCAGAGUGCAUGCCUACUUUACAGGAUUACGGUACCUCCUAUAUAAUUUCCCCAUAACGUCAGCUGUGAUUGGAAUAUCCAGCAAUUUUAUCUUCUUAAGUGUCCUGGUUCUGCUCAGUUACCUGCAAUGGGGAUUUGGAAGAACCCGUCUCCAGGAUGUGCAAGAAUGGACAAGAGAUGUUAGAAGAGCAGAUACUCGUCCAGAAAGUGUUUCUCAGACAGAUGACAAAGACCAACCGGAUACAGAGACUAUUGGGCAAAAUGACACUGAUUCUCAGGGAGCUCCGCAAACAGACGAAGACACACAAGUGGUGCAAAACAUCAGUGCUGAUAUGGAAACGGAGAGCAGCUCUCAGUUCUCAGUGCUCCGCCAUCGCAGCACAUAAAGCCGCAGCAACUGAAGAGAAAGUAACAUUAAAUUGUUGCACUAAUUCCUUUGGAAAGCCCACGCCAAGGGGGCUGGAAGUGGAAGAGAGGGAAAAGGAGCCAAAAGAGUCAUGUUCCUGUUGAAGGGAGAAGUCUUAAGCCACAGGGGUUCGUGGUUCCAUGAGCCAUACAUAUUGACAAUUCAAUGAGACUGGUCAGGAUAUCAUCAUGGAGAUGAAUAAACUCCUGAAGUAAAUAUGCUGUCAAGAAUUUGGUAUAAAAGUAGAACACUUUAAUAUUA